AUGGCGGAGGGUUCGCAGGAGACGGACGAUCAAAGGGUCCAGGUGUCGCGGGCUUCGACAGCCCCCGCGUUGCCCGCAAUCAUCACCACCGCGAGCAGUCGCAAGGAAGGCCAUCACAAUAAUGAUAACAGCAAUAAGAAUGAUAGUCCCACUGUCGCCACACCGGGACUUUUAAAGACUUCACAGUCUUUCCCUGUCGGUUCUGUCGCCUCCGAUAAUGCAUCAGGCUCAAGCGCAAAUCAGCAAGAUACGAAGAAGAAUGCCCGGUCGUCGAUUCAGAGUAAUACCUAUGGCAGAAAUUCCAUUUCCUCCCCAACGCUCUAUGGGCCCAGCGCAGAUUCGAGCGCGAUCGAUCCGCUGUCGCAACACAUCAUUAAGCGCACCAACACCGAACGAUCAAUUCCUCUGAAACUCCUUGGAAGAGCGUCAUAUGAAGCGGAAGCUGGCGGAACGAAUGACUACUCUCCAGCUGAGCAGGGCUCGAUCCCGGGGGAUGCUGUGUUGCGCCAGAAGCCUCCCAAAGAGAAAAAGAAAGGAGUAUCGUUCCUUAGUCGGAUAAUCGGGGGCAAAAAGAAAGAGAAUCCGUCUGAAGCAGGGGACGAUGUCUCGCAACCGGACACCUUCCGCAUGGAUGCCAACGCCGCGGCACAACCGAUAGGCUUCUUUCCCAAGUUCCCUCCUCCGCCAAAGUACAUCAGGGUGAAGGCAUACUACAAGAAAGACAAAACGUUCAGUAGGGUGUUUCUCGCGCAGGAAUUGACUGACACAGAGGCACCUUCGAACCACUCGGUAAAGGAUGCAACGGGAUCGACGACAGGCACGCUAAGCGGCGGCAAUACCGGAAAAGCAAUAUGGGCGUUGUCAUUCUCGAAGGACGGCAAGUAUCUAGCAGCGGCAGGUCAAGACAGAAGAGUGCGCGUUUGGGCCGUCAUUGCUUCUCCGGAAGAUCGUAAAGAAGAAGGACUCGGUGAAGGCGAAGAAGCUCUAGACGGGGACGAGCCUCCCCGGCUGAAGGCGCCUGUCUUUAGGACCAAGCCGAUCCAAGUGUACGAAGGUCACAGUGGAAGCGUGCUGGACCUGAGUUGGAGUAAGUUCCACCCCCGUGACGAUCGGUUUUUUCUUGCAGGGUCUCUCGACACUAAACUCCGUCUCUGGAGCAUCCCGGACAAAAGCGUGGCAUUCGUCGCCGCGGUCCCGGAUAUGAUCACAUCGGUCGCUUUCACCCCUGAUGGUAGGCACUCAAUUGCCGGUUGUCUCAAUGGUAUGUGCAACAUAUACGACACGGAUGGGUUGAAGCCGGUUGGGCAGAUACAUGUCCGAUCCGCGCGAGGCCGCAACGCCAAAGGCAGUAAGAUAACAGGCAUUGAUACCAUUACGUUACCUCCUGGCGACCCCAAUGGUGAGGUCAAGCUUCUGAUCACAAGUAAUGAUUCGCGGAUACGACAGUACAACUUUAGGGAUAGGACACUGGAGGCGAAGUAUCGCGGCAACGAGAACACAUGCAGUCAGAUCCGUGCCUCCUUUAGUGACGAUGGCAAACAUAUCAUUUGCGGGAGUGAAGAUCGCCGGGCAUAUGUUUGGCCUACAGGUGCCGUGGAGAAAGACUUCGAUAAGCGUGCUGUUGAAGUUUUUGAGACACGGUCCGCUAUUGUCACCGCAGCUGUAAUGGCUCCCUCGAAGACAAAGCAGGUCUUGGGCUUUUCAGACGACCCAGUGUACGACAUCUGCAAUCCACCUCCGGUGACCUUGGUGAGCGCCGCAGAGAAGGAAAAUGCUCGCCAAAAUCGCAUCUCCGACGUCAGCAAGCUGGCGCAGGAAUCCCCAUCAUAUCUCUCCCGUUCAACACACCCUGGAGGCAAUAUCAUCAUCGUCGCCGAUUAUUCGGGCAAGAUCAGAGUUCUGCGGCAAGACUGCGCGUUCCAAAAGCGCCGCUACGAGAAUUGGGACACCCAUUCCACCUUUUCCAGAAGACUGUUGCGUCGAUCCAAUUCAGCUCGCCAUAGCAUUGCGUCUUCGAUCGGGAAGGAGUCAUCUCACAAGACACCUUCAGAGCGCAUCAUCUCUUGGCGCAACUCGGUUAUAGGGCACGACGUAGCGAAGCGGGAAGGCUCCCGCCAUGGGACGAGGACUCGGAGUCCGUCUCCCCACAAGCCUAUACCCGAUGUUUCACGUUACUCAAAUCCAGUGCGUCAAUUUUCAGGCGGAGCACCGGCCGAUUCUCUGUCGCUCACUGUGUCUCCACCGCCAUCUGCGUACAAGUCAUCCUUUGACAGUCGACGGUCCAGUGUAGAAGCCUCGAAGCGGAACGCGGAGGACGUCGGAAUGGCCCCGACCGCGAGGACAAUAGUCGCCAAGGGAAAGGACAAGGACAACCCUUUGUGGCUACAGGGCCAACAGAGCUACGCAUUCUGGAACAAGAUCGCCCAUGAUGCGCUGAACAAAACGCCAUCGCAGCCACGGGAUUCGAACAGGUUAUCUGUUCCUGGACGCAAAUUCAGUAUUGCCAGCGCUUUGAGCAGCGAUUAUGGCUCCUCCAACGAAGAGGGGGACGAGGGAGAUGUGCUCAGGUGUGAUAGCUGCCAAGGGACGAACUUUCGAGCAACCAAGUCGCGAACCGGCAAGCAAAAAUUGAUCUGUGUGCGCUGUCAUCGACCUAUCAGCUAA